UCACAGAAUCCCAGUUUGUGCGCGCAAGGAUUGCCUGGGCUUCCUGGACGAAACGGGCUGAAUGGACAUAAUGGGUUACCAGGCCGCGACGGUCGGGACGGUACUGAGGGCGAGAAGGGAGUGGCAGGUCCACAAGGGCCACGUGGUAUCAAAGGAAAGGCGGGUGAGAAGGGUGUGGCAGGUCCCCAUGGACCACGUGGUAUUAAAGGUGAAGAGGGAAAAGUCGCUGCUGAACAAAGAUACUGGAAACAGUGCGCGUGGAAAAAGAUUGACCAAACUGAUAUUGGCCUUAUUAAGGUUAUUCUGAGACUAGACAACCCCAACUCGAGUAACCUGGGAUCAGGCGUGGUUUUUUCUUGUUUUUGUUUUUUCUUCUUCUUCGGGGGAGAGUGAAGGUCGGCGGACAGGCAAAGAGGCCAAAGGAAAAGGGAAGAAGGACCGCCUGAUCGCAGGUUACACCUUAAGUUGCCUUCUCCUUCACCCCCGCCCUCCCUCUCCCUACCCCUUCCCCACCCCUUCCCCCUCUACUAGACGAGAUCGCGAUCACCAUAUAAACUGCAGUCAACCUAACUCAUUCUCUCUUGAGUCAACUAAUUUUUUUCCACUAUGAAGUGAGGUCAGUUGCCUAGCAGAGAGUUAGGUAAGGCUGUCUCGGGUAUCCGAGACCAUGUAAAUGUGGCUUUAGAAACCGUAGAAUUCAUGUGAUGUAUGAAAUACGGAAAGAAUCGUAGGGCAGAGAACUCAAGGGCCUCUUCAGUCAUUUAAUUUUAGUAACAUUUUCUUUGGCCGAUUGUGAUAUAUGUGGGCCAAAAUAAAUAUACACAUCGCUCUUGGCGUCAUUUUGGUGGCUCUAAGACCGCAAUGGACCAUUUGUAUGAUGACCUCAUUUUACUACUACGACCAGAAUCCUUCAGGGGUUGUUUUUUUGUGAAAUUUAGGCUUUUGUCAUUGAAAACUCACUGGGAUUACCAAAUUUGAAUAUGAAAGGAAAAACGAAAAGGAUUCUAGUUGUAGCUGGUAAAAUGCCGCCAUCGUACAAAUGGUCUAUUAACGCUCUGAACAAAGUCAUAAAAUUGCGACAGAACAUACAUUAAGAUUUGAAUAAUAACGUGAAUCAUAUUUGACGGUGUUCUGUGUGGCAGUGGUCGCUAACAAUAUAUAAUGCUGUGUUUUCAGGAUUGCCAGUUUACUAAAAUUAAAGACACAGGGGCACCCAACGACAAUUUUCGGAAAAAUAUCUGUUCGGAAGACGAUUUGAAAUCUAGAAUUUUCGGAACAUUUGUUGUAAAAUUUCUUGCUUGCCUGCCUCUCCUAGGAUUUUCGAACAUCUAAAAAAUGGUAUAAUUGCCUAUUUUUAACUGAUUUUUACCCUUAAAAGGUCACCUAGAAUUUUCGGGAGCCUUUUUUCUGGCUGAAAUUUUCGAAAAGGCGAGUUUUGAUCCCUAUAAUUUUCGGAUCACUAGACUUUCAGCUAGGAAAUCCGAACAGAUGAAAAAUUUUUAGGGGAUAAAAAUAUGCCUUUAUCUACCGUUUAAAUACUAAAAUACGUUUAACAAUGCUAUGUUUAAGUGGUUUUGAACUAUAUUCUCGUUGGGUGCCCCUGAAGACAAUACAUCUCUUCAUGUUGUAUUCCAAGGAAAUAUCUAUCUGGGAAGUUGCAGUUUGUGCUGUAAGCGAUGGUUCAUCACUUUCAACGGCGCCGAGUGCAGCGGUCCUCUGCCUAUUGACGCAGCUCUGUGGAUCAGAAAUAGAAACACAGAUGACUUCAGACAUGGAGCAAUAGAAGGAUACUGUGACAACAUAAGAAAAGGAAAUAUCCGCGUUGGCAUAAACAUCGGAAACUGUCCCGGUUUUGGAAACUCAGAAGGUCAAACGGGAUGGAUGUCAGUGUCUCGUUUGAUUAUCGAAGAAGUUCCUCGGUCCCAGCAGUAA